AUGCAUUGGGAGUGGAAGAACUGCUCCACCGCCUGGAAAGGGAAGUACACGACCGGCUUCAAAGGCAAGAAUCCCACGAUAAUCCUCGAAGCCGUAGCUGACUAUCUGCAUUGGGGUAGCCGUGUCGAACAACGACAUCAACGUCCUCCGGUCGUCGCCCCUUUCAAUGAGCAGUGCAUGGACGUUGGUCCGCCCAUCACUUUUGUCGCCAACGGCAACCAGCAUAAUAUGAGCUACUAUUUAGCGGAUGGGAUAUGUCCUAGGUGGCCCGUCUUUGUGAAGACGAUCAAAUGCCCAAUAGAUCCAAAGAAGAUCUACUUUGCGCAACGACAAGAGGCAGCGCGCAAGGAUGUGGAGCGGGCAUUUGGUGUGCUUCAAGCUUGA